GGGAUUAAUUUAAUUACCAAAAAACUAACGGAGGGGGACGGUAAGGCCGUGUGUGGUUGGCCUGGCUGGCCAAUGGCAGUGCAGCUCAAGAACAAGAACGUUCAAACUUUUUCCUCCGUAGUAAUUCUGUUUGCAACAGCAACGGUCGAAAAUCCCACCAAACAAUGAGCACUGAAGCUGAUGGGUCAUCGUCAAAUCUCUCACCGUUGGUUAACAAUGGUCUUCUCUUCCUCUUCAAGGCUCUUCUCUGUUUCCACGCAACAACAAACUCCUACACCCACUCCAAAGAGUUUCAAAACCUUUUCCCACAUUUUCCAACACUGCUCCACUGUUGGUGCUCUGAGUCCCGGCAAACAAGCCCAUGCUCGCCUUAUCGUAUCUGGAGAGAUAUUGUCUCCUGGAAUACCCUAGUUUUUGGGUGUGCUGGGUGUGGCAAGAUGGAACUUGCUCGCUCCUUUUUUUAUGCAAUGCCUGAAAGAGAUGCGGUUUCUUGGAAUUCUUUAAUUUCAGGUUACUUGCAGAGUGGCGACCAUCGGAAAUCGAUUGAUGUUUUUUUGCAAAUGGGGAGUUUUGGUGAGGCAUUUGACCGUACUACAUUUGCUGUUGUUCUGAAAGCUUGCUCAAUUAUGGAAGAUUUUGGUUUGGGGAUUAAAAUCCAUAGUUUUGUAGUCAAGAUGGGUUUUGAUGCUGAUGUAGUAACAGGAAGUGCGUUAUUAGAUAUGUAUGCAAAGUGUAAGAGAUUAAAUUGUUCUCUUCAAGUUUUCCAUGAAUUGCCUGAGAAGAAUUUGGUCUCUUGGAGUGCUGUAAUUGCUGGUUGCGUUCAAAAUAAUCAGUUCAUCAAGGGUUUAGAAUUGUUCAGGAAGAUGCAGAAAGCAGGGGUUGGGGUGAGUCAAUCUACUUAUGCUAGCGUCUUCAGGUCCUGCGCUGGAUUAUCAGCGUAUAGGUUUGGGACUCAGUUGCAUGGGCAUGCCUUAAAGGCAGCCUUUGGUUCUGAUGUCAUAGUAGGAACUGCAAUGCUGGACAUGUAUGCAAAAAGUGAUAGCAUAUCUGAUGCUAGAAGGCUAUUCAACCAAAUGCCAAACCACAGUUUGCAAUCUUACAAUGCCAUAAUCAUUGGCUAUGCUCAGAGUGAGCUAGGGUUUGAAGCUUUGCAGUUAUUUCAGCUGCUGAGGAACUCUGGCCUUGGUUUUGAUGAAAUAUCUUUAUCCGGUGCACUUGGUGCUUGUGCAGUGACCAAAGGGCAUUUGGAGGGGCUUCAGAUACAUGCAUUAUCAGUGAAGAGUAAUUUAAGGGCCGAUAUUUGUGUGGCAAAUGCCAUUUUGGACAUGUAUGGUAAAUGCAGAUGUCUGGUUGAAGCUUCUAAUGUGUUUGAAGAGAUGGAGAAAAAAGAUGCUGUGUCUUGGAAUGCAAUUAUUGCAGCUCAUGAACAGAAUGAAAAAGAAGAAGAAACGCUUCAGCUUUUUGUUUCCAUGCUCCAUUCAGGGCUCAAACCUGAUCAGUUCACCUAUGGUAGUGUUUUAAAAGCUUGUGCAGGUCAGCAAGCUUUAAACCAUGGGAGGGAGAUCCACAGCAGAAUUAUUAAAUCUGCAAUGGCCAUGGACUUGUUUGUUGGAGGUGCCUUAGUUGAUAUGUACUGCAAGUGUGGAAUGAUGGAAGAGGCCAAAAUGAUCCAUUAUAGAACAGAAGAACCAACGAUGGUUUCAUGGAAUGCAAUUAUUUCUGGAUUCUCACAACAAAAGCAGAGUGAGAAUGCACAGAUAUUUUUCUCCAAGAUGUUGCAGAUGGGUGUCAAGCCUGAUAACUUCACCUAUGCGACGGUUCUUGAUACAUGUGCCAAUUUGACUACUGUUGGACUUGGGAUGCAAAUCCAUGCUCAAAUUAUCAAGCAAGAGUUGCAAUCAGAUGUGUUCAUAUCCAGCACUCUUGUUGAUAUGUACUCAAAGUGCGGAAACAUGCAAGAUUCUCAUCUAAUGUUUAAGAAAUCGCCUAAGCAUGAUACUGUGACAUGGAAUGCCAUGAUUUGCGGCUAUGCCCACCAUGGUCUUGGAGAAGAUGCACUAAGAGUUUUCGAGAGUAUGCAGCUUGAGAACGUGAAGCCAAACCAUUCAACUUUCGUUUCAGUCCUCCAAGCUUGUGCACAUAUUGGACAGGUUGAAAAAGGGUUACACUAUUUGAACUCGAUGCAAAGUGACUAUGGUUUAGAACCUAAACUGGAGCAUUACUCGUGCAUGGUGGAUAUCAUCGGGAGGUCAGGCCAAGUUAGGGAGGCUUUAAGGAUUAUUGAAGAGAUGCCUUAUGAAGCUGAUGCUAUUGUUUGGAAAACUCUGCUUAACCUAAGCAAGGUCCAUGGGGAUGUAGAAGUAGCAGAAAAAGCAGCCAGUUCUAUUUUGCAAUUAGACCCCGAAGACUCUGCUGCCUAUGUUCUUUUAUCUAAUAUCUAUGCUGAUUCUGGAAUGUGGAAUGAGAUGUCUAAGAUAAGGGAAACAAUGAGGUCUAAUAAAUUAAGGAAAGAACCAGGUUGCAGCUGGAUUGAGGUCAAAGAUGAGGUACAUGCAUUUUUUGUUGGGGACAAGGCUCAUCCAAGAUGCAAAGAGAUAUAUGAGAAACUCCAUCUCCUAAUUGAUGAGAUGAAGCUUGAUGGAUAUAUGCCAUUUGUUCAUUUUAAUGUGGUGGAAGAACAAGAGCAUGAAGAACAGCUGAGAACUUUCAUACAUAAUGUCUAG